GUGAGAAUUCGAGUUAAAUUAAAAUAAUUAAUAAAAGGAAAACUACAGACAUUGUGUGAUUUUAAAUUUAGCUAUUACAGCAUUCUUCAUCCAUCCAUCUAUCGGAUUUGAUCGGCAUAAUGAAUAUGUCCAGAGACGUGCGGGAAAAGCCAACGAAUGGAAUUAUUUUUGAUCCAUACAAAUUAAGUGAUUUGGACAGACAAUUAUAUUUCCAAAAUCAAUUGAUCAUUAGAAAUGAGAUACAAGAAUGCGAACGUUUGUCAAGAGAAUUAAGAGAACCGAUUUUAUCGUUCAAAAUUGCGGAAUUAAAAGAUGGGACAUUUUACAUUUUUGAGAUAAAUUCACAUAACACACUCGACGUUCAAGAACAAUGUACCGUCUUUGCUUCAAAAUUUAAUAAGGACUCUCAGUUUCUACAUUUCUUAGUACAUGAAGUGAGAUUGGGAGAAAGUACAAUGAGAAUUAAAACACAAUUAAUUAGUUACACAAAAGAGCGCAACAUAACCGACACAUACAAAUUCAUUGGAAUAAAAUGUGAUAUAGGAUCACUUAAAUCAAGAGAACUUGCGAUUAAGCAAUUCUUCGCCAAUCAAGUUAAAGACAAAACACCUAGAUUUCCUUCCAAAAUUGGUGAUGUCUUAAAAAUGCAACUGAACAAGUCUGAAAAAUUUGAUAAAAAGUCCGAUGGUGAUGAACAGGAAAAUGCUAUAUAUGAUGCGCUGAAAAAUUAUGUUACCAUAAUUCAAGGUGCACCGGGCACAGGAAAGACACAAGUAGCAUGCGAAAUUGCAAGACGACAUGAGCAAUUUUAUCCAGAUUUAAAAGAAUUAAAAAUUUUAAUCGUUUCCACGCAAAAUGUCGCAAGCGACAAUUUAUUAGCAAGAUGUUUGACAUCAUUCGAAGGAAAGUAUGAAGUGAUGCGAUACAAUUCACAACUACACAAGCUCGUUACAUCAUUCAAGGAUUACUGCUUGGAAUCUAAAAUUUUGAACAUGCUUGAAACUGGUGAAAUUGAUGAUAAGAAGCAAAAUGAGUAUGAAAACCUUCAAUCGAAUGUUUAUGAAGCAAACUAUGCAUUUGAAGACUUAUUAAAGCAAAGUUAUGAUGGCCCAGCUAGAAAUAGUGCAAAGAGAGCAAUAACACAGGCUGAGCAACAGUCACAACAAUUUGUAAAAGAGUUGGUUGGAGAUUUUAUUAACAAAAAUGUGAAUGUUGUCGUAACAACAAUCAGUUCGAUAAAAAAUUUAUCAAGGAUGGUAAAAUGGAAGUUAGUGAUUGUGGAUGAGGCUGCAUACACACCACCUUACGAUAUUUUCAUGUCAUCUGUUUACUGCGAACCAAACAUUGGCAAACUUGUGUUACUAGGAGACAUUAAGCAACUCCAACCUUUCUAUUUGCAUCCAAAGAAUCAAGAAAAAGUGACUACUAGCAACAAUGUGAAAAUAUUACAAGAAAAAUGUAGAAGCAUCCAGUACAGAUUAGUACAUGAUUUAAAGUUUGCUAAUACGUGCUUUUUACACAAACAAAAUAGAUGUGUACCUGAAAUUUCAAACUUAGUAAGCGGUUUAUUUUAUGAAAAUACACUACUAUCGCACAAUAUUGAUCAAAAAACGCGCAUAAGUUUGAAAACCGGAAGGCACAUUAAAAUAAUUUUUCACCAAAGCAUGGACGAACCUUUGGGAAUGAACAAUUUGAUGUAUAAUAGUACAUCAUAUAUCAACAGAGGUGAAGCUGAUAUGAUUGUUGAAGUGGUCAACAACUUACACGAGACAUUGGAUAUGAGAGAUAUGGAGUUUUCAUUAAGUGACAUAACUGUACUUACAUUCUACAAGCAGCAAAAAUUUUUGCUGAACACAAAAAAAAUGAACGUUGAAAUUAGUACAGUGGAUGCUUUCCAAGGACGGGAAAAUAAAAUAAUAAUAAUAUCAUGUGUCCGUCAAAACGAGCAGAAGAACAUUGGAUUUUUAGAAGAUGUUUUUAGAUUAAACACAGCUUUGUCACGAGCAAGAGACGUCUUAAUACUGGUUUGUGGAGAAAUGUUUAAAACAUUCAAAGAAGACACUAUCUGGGGAAGGCUCGUUCAGGCAUGCAACAAAUAGAAUAAAAAUUAAACUAAUGAAAAAAUGAAAUUUAAUAAAAUAAUGGAGAAUUAAAAUAAAUGAUACGAAAUUAAUAAAAAUAAACUUUAUUCUGAAAUCUAAAUCA